AAAUCACGUAUUAACCGAGCCCCUUUGCUUUUUUUUCUUCAUCUUUCGUAGUGCAGAAGACUAUUUAUGCAUCAUUUUCCCACACCUAUCAUAUACACUUAUAAACCAAUGAGAUAGAAAUUGUCGGUUAUGUGUUGUUCGAGACUCUCCCAAUGAGCUAUAGCGGGCAGAUCUUCAUUGGCCGUUUACCUUCGGACCUAGCUAGCUGGAGACUGGGUCCUGGUCUCGAAGGCUAAUUGUUGUAAGAUCGUUACCAAUAAAAGGAAUAUGCAUAGAAUCCAUGUUCGCAACCAUAAGAGCUGCCAAUGAGGUGAUUGAUUAUUUCCCAAGAAGUUGAGAGCGUUGGUUCGAGGUUACAUCCCAGCACGAAGGUCCGAGAGCCUGCUUCCAUCAUGUCUUCUCGAUUGCGGGGAGAAUCCCCUAUUCUGUUCUAUGGAAGCACAAUUUCGUGGACCGUCCUUAUCCCUUGCAACUCUUGAUGAACAUUCUCCGCUCGGGUCGAGGUACACCCUUUUUAACUAAAGAUUCGCUCGUCACUUGAACAUUGUCAACUUUCUUUUCUCUCGGGUCAGUUUACUUUGUCUAUCGAGAUGGAUUUGAUUCUUUGUGCCGGCGUGACAGCCGUCGAGUCGCUCCUUGCAAAUAAUAUCCCGGGCCAAGAGUCUCGGCCCGUGUCAGGGAAAAUUUCCUUGGCUCUUUUCUUCGCCCAAUACUUCGUGGUCAAGUUUUACCGGAUAUUUCUGUACCACAGAUACUUUUCGCCCCUUCGUCAUCUACCCGGUCCGACGGAUAACCACUUUCUCUUCGGGCAGGCCCUAAAUUUCUUAAAGGCCGAAUCUCCCACGACACUCUAUGUGAAAUGGAUGAGAGAACAUCCUGACGCUCCCUUCAUUCGAUACCUAACCUGGUGUAACACCGAGGUGCUGUUUCCCGUUAACCUUAAUGCCCACCGGGAAGUGCUACAGUUUCAGUGCUAUUCUCUACAGAAGCCGGCUUGGUUUCUUCGCAUCGUCAAAGAGGUCGCCGGCCAUGGACUCAUUCUCAUGGAAGGAGAGGAGCACAAGGCUCACCGGAAGAUGCUUGGCGGCUCAUUCUCCCUAAAAAACAUUCGGAAGCUGGAGCCGAUCUUCCAAGAGAAAGCCCGCGAUCUUUGCAGUUACUUCAACCAGUGCAUCCGUGAGAACGACAACCAAACCGGUACUAUCGAUUGCACCACAACCUUCUCGAAGGCCAUCCUUGAUAUUAUGGGCUCUGCUAUUCUAGGAGUCAAGCUUGACUACGUGAAGCCCGGUGAAGAGAAGGCAGAGCAAAGCAACGAUCUCAAGGCAGGAUGUUCAUUCCAUGAAGCAUACGACAUAUUUUUCUCGCCAAAGGGAAUCGGCAAAGUUUUGCUCUUCGCUAACGGAUUUAUACCCACGCGAUGGCUACCAUUCGAUGCCAACCGUAAGUUUUUAUUCGCAAUGGGCUGGUUGAAUGAUGUUCUCCGCAAUCUCAUUCGCGAACGGACCCGUCAUGUUUCAACCGCAACCGCCGAAGGCAAGUAUGAAUCCAACGACUCUAGAGACCUGGUCACGUUUGUGGUCGAGGAAAGUUUGCCCGGCGGAAUUGCUGAAGGUAUUGGAGAGAACGAAUUUCUUGGUCACCUGCUUGAGUUUAUGGCUGCUGGGCAUGAUACAUCUGCCAAUAUGCUUUCGUGGAGUCUGUAUAUCUUGGCAUUGAACCCUGAUAUUCAAGAUGCACUCCUUGAAGAACUCAAGGGACUACCGGCCGAACCAACAUACAACGACCUAGAGAGGCUCCCUUACCUAGAGGCUUUCUCGAAGGAGGUUUUGCGCAUGUAUUCUCCAUCUACCACCUAUCAUCGCGCAACAAACACCGAUAUUAUUGUCGACGGAGUUCACAUUCCUAGCGGCGUCUUGGUAGAUCUUGCUCCUUCGGUGACUCUUAUGAACCCGAAAAUCUGGGGUGACGACGUAGAUAACUUCGAUCCUACGCGAUGGCAACGCUUGACCGGUGAUCAGCUUUCUCCUUACGCUUUCUCCCCCUUUUCAAACGGUCCACGAAUUUGUAUAGGUCGCGCAUUUGCCAUGUUUGAAAUCAAGACCAUUCUGGCUGAGAUUGUUCGCAAUUUUCGAUUUGUAAGCGUUGAUAACGGCUUCACCAUUGAGAAUCCCGGUUUCACCCUUAGGCCUCAUGGGUUGAGGGUUAGGUUUGAGGAGCUGAAGAAAUGAGAGAGCGAUGAUAUAAGCGGUUGAAGGAGGUGGUUGUAUGGAUACAUUUAAGGUAAUGAGGCCGAGCAGGACUUUGGAAUAACCCGCAAUCGUUAUUAAUGCAUGUCAUAAGGAACCUUGGAAGAUGACCGCUGCUUUUUGUACAAUUCCCUCUUUGCCAAACAUUUUCUAUGUAUCCCAAGCAUGUGCCCCGUCUUGUGGCACAUGUUAGUCCUAAUUCAUAAUAAUAGAUUGCCAUGAUAAUAUUAAAA